AUGAAGAAGCUUAGUCAUUAGUCGGAAAAGGUUGCUGACAAAAAUAGUUUUUAAGACUCCCCACAAAGAUUAGAAAAGAAAAAUAUGAAAACCAUUGCUGGCACAAUAAAAACAGAGAGACAUUUAGAAAAAGCAAAAGCAAAAUUACUUGAUUAUUUUAAGAGGGAAAGAAAUUCAAUGGCAUAAUCAACUAAUCUAAUGAGAGCUAAAUUAAAAGGGAGUAAAAGUAUUGAUAAUGUGUUUCUGCAAACAUUAAAAAGUGAUCGAAUCAAAACUUCAUAACCUAAUGUUGCUGAAUUGCGUGUUCAAACUGAGGAGGGUAGCAAUUCAAAGAAGAUAACUCUGAAAAACAAGAAUCUAUCAUUAGCGACAGUAUCUUUAGAAAAAAAAGAAUUGGCUAAGCGUCCAUUGACAACAAAAACUUCAUACAAUUAGACACCUAAAGGUUAAAGCAAACCAGAAAAUAAGAAAUAACAAUAAAAAGAAUAAUAUUUAUGCGAUAUGUUGAAAAAUGCUUAAAUAAUUUAAAACUAAUAUCAAAAGUACUUUAAUUAAAAAUUAAAUAAAUAAUCUAUUAUUUCAGAUACUUCAACUAAUCAUAAAUAAUCAAUAGAAGAUGUUUUUUUCAAUUAAAAAGGCACAAAAGGCUCCUAUUAAAUAAUGCAACCCAAAAUUACCAGAAAAACCGAUAUUGAAUCAAAAUCUCUGAAUCAGGGACACUCAAAAACUGAACAAACUCCUUAACCUAAAUAAUAAACCAAAACAAAGAGUGAUGAGAUGUUGGAGUAUGAUCCCAAACAGAAACUCUAGAUAAUUUUAUACUACAAAAAUUCAAAAUAUUACUACUUAUUCGAUUAUGCCGACUAAUCUACAUGUGAUCUCUAUAAUUAUUUGAUCUAAUAAAUAGCAAGCAUUGAAAAACAUCAUGCCCAAUAGGAUGGAGGCACAGGCUCUACUAAUGAUGAUUAAAUACAAGCUGAGAUCAAAAAGAUUUGUUAGUUUUGCACAAUACAAAAAAAAGUUCCUUUUGAUUAUUACUUAUCUCUAUCAGAUAUGAGUUUGACAGUAUUUCAAGGAAUAAAGCUUUCUUUAUAACCUAUGUAUUCUUAGCCAUAAACUACAAAAAAGGUUGGAUUGAAGGAUUUUCAAUUAAUAAAAUGCAUUGGUGUAGGAGGGUUCUCGAGGGUAUAUUUAGUUAGAAAAAAAGAUAAUGGAGUAUUCUAUGCAUUAAAAUUGAUUGAUAAAAAGUUUAUAAUUGACAAUAACAAAGAAAUUAUUGUAUAAAAUGAAAGGGAUAUCAUGAUUAAAAUGGAGAAUCAAUAUAUCAUACCCUUGCAUUAUGCAUUCGAAUCAAAAUUUUACAUUGCAUUUGUUUUAGAUUAUUGUGCAGGAGGUGAGCUAUUUUAUCAUUUAAGAAAAUUGAAAAAAUUAAAUGAAUAAGAUGCUAAAUAUUACUUUGUUGAAAUCUGCAUAGGAAUGAAUUAUCUGCAUUCUUAAAAUAUUGUCUAUAGGGACAUCAAACCAGAAAAUAUCUUAUUAGAUUUGUAAGGCCAUCUCAUGUUAAGUGACUUCGGACUCUCUAAACCUGAUAUGGCAGCUGAUGAUUUUGCUUAUUCAUUUUGUGGUUCUCCUGAAUAUAUGGCUCCUGAAAUGCUUAUGAAAACAGGUCAUAAUUACUUAGUUGAUUGCUACUGUUUAGGAGCAUUGCUCUAUGAGUUGAUUUCAGGUCUGCCUCCUUAUUACUCUCAUAAUACUUAAGAAAUUUAUCAUUCAAUCUUAACAGAAACCAUUUAAUUUCCUGAUUAUGUUUAAAUUUCAAAUUAAUUAAAAGAUUUAAUUAUAUCUCUUCUAGAAAAAGAUGCUAAAGAAAGAUUAGGAUCAAAGGAAGGAGUUAUUGAAAUUUUAAGUCAUCCUUGGUUUAAUGAUGUUGAUUUUGAAAAAAUUAUGAAUCGGCAAUUACCAACUCCUUAUAAGCCUGAACCUUUAAAAUAUAAUUUUGAUGAAGAGGAGUUUAAUAAGGGGGAUGCUGAAUUCAGGAAAUAGUUUGCAAUCAAUAUGACUAAUGAAUUUCAAAAUGUCGACGCAGCAAAAUAUUAAUUAUAGAACUUCUACUAUUAAAAAGUGAAAUAGGAGGAAUACCACAAUAGAUCUAAUAUAAUAAAUGGCAAUAAAUUGUAUUCCCAAUUUUUAUAAAAAGAACCAAUAUCUCCACCAAAAUAGGUAAUAAAUAAAGCUAAGUACUCUCCUUAAGAAAGUAAAAAAUCUUUAAAAGCAAGUAUAAAAAGUGAAACUCAGGAUUAUUUUAAGAAGCAUAAUCUUUUGACUAAGCCUUCUUAAAUAAUGUAAGAAUCUCUAAAAAUGAGUCAUGGUUAUUCGAAAACAUAGUAAAAUUCUCAAAUUUCUUUUUAAGAAUUAAAAAAACUAAAACUUCUAUUUGAUCAAUCAAAGCAAUUAUUAAGUUCGGACAGAAUAACAACAAUCCCUGAUUAAAAUCAAAAAAAUUAAAUUGAAAGAAUUAAAACAGAAUAAUUUUGUAAUUUGCCAUCUCCUAAAACAACAGCUCACAGUACUGUGAACAAAUUAAACUAAUAUUAGAAGUUAUUUGGAUCAGAAAAGAGGAAAAAAUGA